AUGCCUGAGAUGCUCGCAAAUUUAACAAAUCCAAUAGUGUAUCUAGACAUAAGAAUUGGAAAGGAAGAAGUUGGUCGUAUUGUUAUUGAAUUACGGAAAGACGUAUGUCCAAAGACCUGCGAGAACUUUCGUCUUCUAUGCACGGGUGAGAAAGGAUUCUGUUAUCGAGGCUCAAGAUUCCAUAAAGUCAUCAAACUUUGUUUAGCACAAGGCGGUGACAUAUCCGAGAAACGAAACGGAACCUCUGGAAAAUCUAUUUAUGGAAAAUAUUUUGAGGAUGAAAAUUUCGAGCUUAAGCACGAUCCCGGAUCAAUAUCAAUGGCAAAUUGUGGACGCCCGAACUCAAACCAUUCACAAUUCUUUAUCACAUCCGUCGAGUGUUAUCACCUUGAUGGUACAAAUGUUGUCUUUGGUCACGUUAGAAAAGGACUUUCAAUAAUUGGUGAAAUGGAAGUGUAUGCAACAGAUGAAGGCACACCCACACGAGAUAUCAUCAUAAGUAACUGCGGUGAGUUGGGUGCUGAUGAGAAUUGGGGAUAUUGCGAUAAUGAUGUGACGUUAGAAGAUCUCCCGCCUUUUCCAUGUGAUUGGGAUAAAGUUCAUGAAGAUUUUUUAAUAAAUGAGAAGCUUGACAUCCUGAAUAAAAUUAAAGAAGCUGGAAAUUAUUUUUAUAGAAAUGAGGACUACACAAAAAGUGCCAGAAAAUAUAAAAAAGUCACGAGAUACUUUAAUCACUUUAAAGACGUAACGAUUGACCAAGAUGAGAUAAGAGCACUCGACACAUUUCAAUUAACGAAUCUUACAAAUCUAGCCGCAACUGAGCUUAAAUUACACGAUUUUGAGGACGUCAUGUAUUCAUGUAGUGCAGCUAUCAAACUUGACCCAGAUAAUACGAAAGCACUUUACCGUCGUGGGAUUGCAAACAUUGAAUUAAAGAACUAUGAAAUGGCACUGAAUGAUCUCAAGAUUGCACUCAAGUUAUCGCCAAGCAACCGAGCAGUUCUGAAGGAAUUUGAGAGGGCAAAGAAAUGCUUAACAAAUUAUCGGGAAACUGAGAAGGUCCAUUAUAGAAAGAUGUUUCAAUAG